AUGGGCCUAUCGGCUAGCUCCUCCUCCUUCACUGAUCGGAUCCCUUUCAAGAUUGUCUAUGGUUCUCAAAGCUACAGAGCUAGACUUAGAUGGGUCUUUCAACAGAGCAAUUCACAUUCUCGUUUUACACCAAGAGUUGUUGUGAAGGUAAUGCACAUAAUUGCAAGCCCAGCCUACCUAAUUAACAACACCCAUGUUUGGGUAUUUGAAAAGUCAGUGCAGCAUUUAAAGCGUUUCAGCCGCUAUAAAAAUCUUGAUGUUGUUAGACAAGCUCGAGAGUAUCCUCCAAAAUAUAGCCACAACGUUGCUGGUUCAUUCUUUGCUUCUUUCUUUUGUAUUGUCUGA